ACAACUCAUCUAAUCACAAAUGGCAAUUAUACCAACAAAAACUCUUAUAACACUCUUGUCCCUAAUAUUUCUAGUAAUAGGCUGCAAUGCCGGAGGCAUUGCCAUUUAUUGGGGCCAAAAUGGAUACGAGGGAACCCUAUCCGAGACUUGUGCCACGGGCAACUAUGACUUUGUAAACAUAGCAUUCCUUGCCACUUUCGGCAAUGGACAAGCCCCCACAAUCAACCUAGCCGGCCAUUGCAAUCCUUCAAUCAACGAGUGCACAAAACUCAGCCCCGAGAUCAAAUCUUGUCAAGCAAAAGGCAUUAAGGUCAUUCUUUCCAUAGGAGGUGGAGCCGGUAGCUAUUACCUUGCCUCAUCAGAGGAUGCCAAACAAGUUGCCACCUACCUUUGGAACAACUUCUUGGGUGGGACAUCUUCAUCGAGACCACUUGGCGAUGCAGUAUUGGAUGGAAUCGACUUUGACAUCGAGGGAGGGACUAACCAACAUUGGGACGAGUUAGCUACUUACCUUUCAAAAUAUAGCAAUAGGGACAAGAAAGUUUACUUAACGGCAGCACCUCAAUGCCCUUUUCCAGAUGCUUGGAUUGGAAAUGCACUUAAAACAGGAUUAUUCGACUAUGUUUGGGUACAAUUCUAUAACAAUCCCCCGUGCCAGUAUGCAAUUGGUGAUGUUACCAAUUUGGAAGAUGCUUGGAAACAAUGGAUUUCGGAUAUUCCGGCAAGUAAGAUAUUUUUGGGUCUACCCGCGGCUCAAGAUGCUGCUGGAAGUGGAUUCAUUCCUGUGGGAGAUCUAAAUGAGAAAGUGCUUCCGUUGAUUAAGGGAUCUAGUAAGUAUGGAGGUGUGAUGCUGUGGUCCAAGUAUUAUGAUGAUCAGACCGGAUAUAGUUCUUCUAUAAAGGCUCAUGUCUAAAUUUGUAAAACUAAA